AUGGCCUCGCCCACACCAUACAACAUCUCUCUCACUAGCUCUAGUCCUGAGUUUAUCUAUUCUCCAUUUCGCGGUGGCUCUCCCGCAUCACAGGGCGACCCAGCCGGAGGUUGGAGGUCCAGCUUGUAUGAUUUUGACUGGACCGUUUGGACCGGGACACUAGGCACAUAUCAAGCUGGCCAGCCGGUACGCGAGGCGUAUGCCAAUGGGGCCAGCGUGUCGCUGCAAUUCGAGGGCACCGCGAUCUACCUCUGUGUUAGCCCUACUGGAUCGUCAUACACCUUCACAGUCGACAACAAUCCUGUGACCACGUCUAGCCCUGCGUCUUCCGAUCCAGCAUGUGCGAACACAGAUGCCCAGGUUAUGGCAUAUGCCACCGGUCUCGCAUAUGGCAGUCAUUCUGCAACUGUGCAGGUUAAUGCCGGAACAGGCGCUGAUUUUCUCUUCCACGGAGGUGUGGUCACCCUAGGAGUAACAGGUCCUUACCCGACCGUGAGGCGCAUAGACGAUACCGAUCCCAGGUGGAACCUGCAGCCAGCCAGUACGUGGACAGGCUAUGUCGGGAACGAGUACACGCAGGCGAGCUACAACGGGACGUGCACCUGGACGUGUUCUUGGGGCAGCGCCGAAACCGCAAGCUAUACAUUCUCCAGUGAGCGCCUAUCCCCACCUCACGUCCCCGACCCGGCUAACUCGAUCUCAGACUCCUCAACCGUCCUCCUCAUCGGCAAAGUAUCCUACGACAGCGGGCCAUUCACGAUCCAACUAGACGGCCAGUCCUCGGUAUGGAACAACUCCGACCUAUGGUGGGAAGAACAACAGGUACUCUUCUUCCAGUCCGGUCUGGACCCAACGACGCAGCAUACGAUCGGGGUGAGUAACUGGGAUGGCGCAGAUUCGAACGCGACCCGCCCGAGCGACCCGGGCAGUGCACCGUGUUUCCAGUUCGACGAACUGGUGCUCAUACAGCCGGGUACGUUACCGCCGAACGCGAGUGGGAGCCCCACGUCCUCGAUGCCAGGAGCUUCCCCUACCGGUAAAGGGUCUUCAGGAUCGGGCUCAGGCUCGAGCUCGUUUCCCGUCGCUGCCGUAGCAGGAGGAGCAGCAGGCGGCGCCGUUGCCCUAUGUAUCCUUGCCCUCCUCCUCUGGCUCUGUUUCAGACGCCGACCGGAGCCGGUGGACGACGAGCCCCCGUUUCCCCUGCCCGAAGACCACAUGACGCAGUACAUAACCAGCGCUUACUACCCUCCGUCCACUUUCUCCCAAGCGGAGUAUGCGAGCCAGUCGACCUCGCAGCUCGAGCAGGGUACCAUCAGUGGACAGAUCUCUGAUGCUCCUCCUGCCCCGGCCCCGGCCCCUCGUCCAGGGGUAGGGGAACCGAAGGACUCGGGAGGGACACUCCGGGUCUUGUCAGCGUCCACCCUGCCUCCGGGUGCGGCGCCCGCCAGCCCACCGGGUGCUGGGACUGCGGCAGUGGACGGCGCUUCCACCCAGGCGCUGCUUACGGUCUUGGUAAACCGGCUAUUGAGGGGGAACACUUUGCGAGGACAUGAGGAUGCUCCUCCGCCGGAGUAUGAUGAUGCGCCUGUAGGGUAG